GCUAUCGUCGUUUGUAUUUCGAUUAUUUAUAUCUAAUUAUAGAGGGUUUAAGGUGGAGCUGGUCGUACGUGUACAUGAGUGUUAGUAAUGAAUUAUCAUUAACACCUUGCUCAGUGGAAGGCUUCAAGUGAACGUUUCAGCAGUUUGAUAAUGGAUCAGAAAGGUUUACACGGUUUUAACUGUUUCACUUUUCAACUAUCAAAAUCCCUUUCGAUUGUUAUGUGCAUAGCUGAACAAACCAGUGAUUGAAAUCCUGCUUACUACUUGCCCACGUACAAACAAGCGUAUAGUGUUGUUGUCAUUCUAACCGCUAAGAGUUAAUUUGUUGCUAACGUAGGCUGGCAUGUGAACCUUGAUUACUCAAACAUUCAUUCACAAAUGUGUCUCGCAAUAGAAAGCUAUAUGUGAAAAAAAACUUUGCAUGCUAUUGUCUGUAAUGUCACAGUGAAGUAGAUGUAUGGAUGCUGCGAUAAUCGAUGUUUAAAGUUAAACCAAGGUUUGUCAUUAUGAUACUGCAUAAUAAUUUCGGUAACAAUUUUGAUUGAAAUAUGAUCGUUCUUCUACCUCAAAUCGACCUUGCUUUUUUUACAGCUUUUUAUACCUGGAUCGGUGUUAUAUUGAUAGGCGAAUUAUAUCAGGUUCACCUUUUAGUUGUAUCUUUCUUUUCAUUUGCAGCGAGUAGCUCAUCAACUUCUCAACAUGCUGAACAGUAUUAUAAAACGGCGCAUGAGGUUGGAUUAAAUCCAGGGGAUGCCGGCGGACCCCAAGCGCAUUUUUUCGAAAGAUUCCUUAAAGCUAAUUCUGAUGUUAAAGACGAAACGAUUCAAACAGUCAGACAAGGUUACCUUUUUACAUCACGGCUCCGUGCAAGCCAGAAAAAGAAAACUGGCAAGAGCAAAAGGCAUGUCCAUAAUCUUCUGACAGCUCGAGAUCGGAAAACCUUGGGAAUAUUCGAGAUAGAAACGGGUGACGUCACAUAUGACACCUUCCUUAAGGUUCAUGAUUUGUGGAAAGGCUAUUUCAGGGAAGCAGUGGGUACAGAACGAACACAGUCUGCCGUUGAAGCAUUACAGAGGUCCCUAAUGAAAGCCGACUAUACGGGCUGUCAUUUUGUGGUGGCCGCGUCCAAAUGCGCGUCUCUUGUAGGAACUACAGGUCUUGUCGUGCAAGAAACGAAAAAUUGCUUUAGGAUCAUCACGAAGACUGACCGCAUUCUAUGUAUACCUAAAAAAGGUUCGCUUUUUGCAUUCACCCUCGACGAUAAGUUGUUUAAAAUUUACGGCUCGCACUUCCGAAAACAUGGGUUUGAGCGCGGAAAAACCAAGUUCAAAGUUACUGAAAAUAUUGACCUUUAGUUUAAAUUUUAAAUAGCUCAAU